UGUAGGGAAGCAAAGUCUAUUUCGGAAUACGGAGAUUCUGUUUGUUUAUCCCAUCAUGCCUAAUCUAGAACUUUCCGGAAGAAGAGUAUUUUGGCUGAAAACAAGUUUGCGGAAAAUAUCCAGAAAUGCAAUUUCAGAAUAAGAAACAUGCAAUUCUCGACAAAGGGGUCGUAAGUAUCUCCAAUGGCGGAGGCUACUUUCAGUUCUCUUUCAUCAUCGAGUCUUAAAUCAUCUCUUCAACAAACCCCUCCUGGCAACCCAGUCUUUGUUGCGUUCGAUGACAAGUACAGGUGUGUCGUAUGUAAUGGGAUAGUUAGAGAGGCUGUCCAGACGCCAUGUGGACACCGGGCGUGCGAGCAAUGCAUCUUCCAAUUACUACACGGGAAUCCCAAGAAGGUGAAAUGUCCGGCCGGGGAGGAGACGUGCAGUUUUCUGGUAUUAAGCGAGAUUCACAGGGAUUCUGGGGCGCGGAGAGAGGUCCGCCUUUUGCUUGUCUUUUGUACCUUUAAAACAGAAGGUUGUGAGAAAAUUUUGCCAUGGAAAGAUUUGCAGGAUCAUGAAAUAAUGUGUACCUACCGACUCGUGGAGUGCAGAUUUUCCUCCGAAGGAUGUAAGGUCGUUGUGAUCAAGAGAGACGUAGAGAUUCACCAGAAACAAUGUCCUUUCCGGUUGGAGUCCUGCAAGUUUUGUCAACAGGAGAUCCAGAAUCAACUCGUGCAGGAACACUUGGAAAAGACCUGCCCCCAGUACGUGAUUCAAUGUACAUACAACUGUGGAACGAACCCGGCUCCAAGAGUUCAGAUGGAGCAACAUAGUAAAGAAUGCCCCCGACGACCGCUAAAGUGUAAAUACCACAGCAUUGGAUGUGAAUUUACAGGGUCGGAGGAGGAAAUGGAAAUGCACACGCGGUCAGAGACAGAUUCUCAUAUCCAACUUUCUGUGGUACGAAACACAGAGAAUGCACUGGAGGUACUCCAUUCCCGAGAAGUUACCCAGACAAUGGAUGUAAAAAUAACCGAACUUGAACAUCUGUUGACGAAGAAUUUACAAGUCAUUGAAGAUCUGAAAGGAGGAGUUGACACAAUGAAAAAAGCAAUGAAAGACAUUAAGCUGAAAGUUGUCGCACAAACGGAGAGGCUCAUCACUGUCGAAAGGAAAGUGGAAAAUCUCGCUGACAAUGAAGCACAUAAUAAACUGUCACGUGACAUGAUGAUGAUAAAGGAGACACAGAACACACUGGAAGGAAGAAUUAACCAAUUAGAAAGAGCAGGACCUAUGGGAGGAUCAAAUGGGAUCAAUGGAACAUUACCAGCACAAAUCCAACAGCAUGAACGUCAACUCGGCAUCAUGGACCUCAGAAUGGCAGAGCUGGAUUUACGUUUCCAGGUGAUGGAGACGGCAAGUUACAACGGAGUUCUGAUGUGGAAAAUCCGAGACUACCUGCGUCGUAAGGAAGAUGCAAGAACAGGAAAGACUAUUUCUCUUUACAGCCAACCUUUUUACACCGGUAGAUUUGGAUACAAAAUGUGUGCAAGGGUCUAUCUGAAUGGAGACGGUGUAGGAAAGGGUACUCACCUUUCUCUUUUCUUUGUUGUUCAAAGAGGAGAAUACGACGCGUUGUUGCCUUGGCCAUUCAAGCAGAAAGUCACGUUGAUGUUGUUGGACCAAGAAAACGGCACCCGAAAUUUGGUGGAUUCUUUUAGACCGGAUAUAACCAGCUCCAGUUUCAAGCGCCCCACGUCUGAGAUGAAUGUGGCCUCUGGCUGUCCGUUAUUUGUAUGUUAGUGGCUUCAAAUAUUGAUUGAAACGGUUAUUUAAGACAGCUUAUGAUGCAGACCUAUCGUAUAUGACUUGUUUAUUGGAAAGGAUGCGAAAUAGUACUAUGACUCUCAUUGAUACAUCGAUAUUUCUGGCAUGUGCGUAAUGUGAGAUUUUUACUACAUCACGGCCCACUUCACUGCUUCAUCUUCAAUUGUCUUAACUUAGUGAAUACCUAAAGUUUUCUAAAACUUUAUACUUAUCAUAUUGCUUCAUCAAUUCUCACUGCAUUUACUUAGCUGACAUAUUGCUUUCAACGAAUGCCUUGCCAGGCUUGUUGUUUACUGUAUUUAUUACUUGUUUUUCCAAUUCUUAUAUAUCAUAUUUGUCACAUGUUUAUGGAACACUCAAUAUGGUAGUGUCAUGAUUAUAUGUACAUAUAACUCGAUCUUACAUCUGGUCCCAUUUCUUGUAUCCCUUCUCUUAAUUCUUUAUCUUUUAUUGGAUUUUUGAGAUUGAUCACUGUCAGUUGUUUUCACUUUUUAAUUUACCAUUUUUCUACUUUCAUGUCACUGUGAGACAAAGGUAAUUUCAAUACGUUUGCACUGCCCGUUAAAGAAGCGCACUGGUUUUGACUAAUACGGGCGAAAAUGUUUAUUACAGUUUAAUAUUUACCUUCUUGGACAAAGGUAAACACUGAGUAAACAUACCUACAACAUUACUUCAUCUUCACUAGUACGGCGAAGAAGAUACUGAUUCCAUGUUCAUAUCAUGUCAGCCAGAGAAUAAGUCUGGCAAAGUUUUUUCGUAUUUCGAUAGCCAUUGCACAAACACGUCCAUCAAACACGUCUCAGUACAAAUAUCAUAACGACGGCUUGCCAAUGUGUACUUCGCUAGACUCAGAUUAUCACAUUUAAGAAGUUACCAACAAGCGGACACAGCAUGUGUAUGGAUCAUUACUCUGACCGAAAUUUCCCACAGAAAUAGCGCCUUUUCUGAACCUUUUGGGUAAGACUCGAAUGUAUUCCAUUUGGGUCAGACUCGAAAGAUUUGGUCAUAUAUAUUCCAAUAUGUCAUGGGCCCAGUUGCACAAAAGUUAGUUACGCUCAACUGACAGUUAGCGUCUAGUUAACGCUAUAUGAAUGUAAAAGUUUUUUAGAAUAUAUGAAUGUAAGAGUUAAUGACAAUUUAAAAGUUAGUCAAAAUUAAAUAAUCUUUGUGCAACUGGGUCCAGAUUUUGGAAAGGUUUAACGGAGGUCAAAUGUUUCAUAAUAUCUUUCGUAAUGUAUCUGCACAUAUUUGUUAACUUACCAGCUUACAGCUGAUUGAAAAUAACUAUAUUCAUGAUAAACAAGCUGUGGGAUAAAUCUGUGAAGUUCCAAGUGCUGAAUCGGCAUCAUUUACUUCUUCAGACAAAAAAAUGCAUUGGAACAGUCUAAUAUACGCAGGGUUUAGAACCAAUUUUGUCAUUAGCGGUUCUGAUAAGUAAAAAUACACGUUUGACAAAAAUACCCUUUGGGAAUCCUCAAAAUUCUAUAAAACUUGUCCUACAUCAUUUUGUUUCUUCUAAUAGAAUAUUAGAAAAAACAAUUCAUGUUGGAAAAUUUUAAAUCCCAUAGAAAAACGUUCAAGAUUGGGAAAAUGUAUCAUUCCCGUACAAUGUAGGAUAUAUACUUAUCCUUACGAAUUGACUACAUUCCACGAUUUUGUAAAACUUCUCACAUGAUUUUGAUAAAAUCCAUCAUGAAAUUUGUUUUAUUGGGAAAAACUUCCCGCAGGAAUGUUAAAAAGGUGUACUACUACCUAUGACAAAGGUUGUUUUGAAGUCUUGAUUCGGUGGUAACUGUUUAUCAGCCGACACCUUGAAAUUUCUCGAGAAACAAAACAAUAGGAGAUACUGAAAUCCCACUGGAUUUUGGCUGACAAUAAGGAUUGAAAUAGACGGAUUAUUAUACAUGUAUACGUGGAUAUCCGCAGCACAUUGAGGUAUGAAUGCCUAAAGAUUGAGAAGGCAAAGUCAAUGAAUGCUGAACACGUCUUUAAGAACCAUGAAAUUUUGAGAGCACCAUACGAUUAUAGCUGUUUGAAGUGAUUGAUAUAUGUUUUUAUUGACUGGAUGAGAGUAUAUUGACUGAAGAUGAAGUUCUGAUUAGGUCAAUAAAAAGGCUUGGCGUAAAAUGCUGACUUUGGAGCAUCCAAAUUGGGCCUCCAAAAUGGAGAUAUAGUGAAGCCUCUUGUCAUAAGAGAUUGUCAGGGGUGAAGCUUUGAGAGUGAAUUUCAACACAAAGCUUACAUGUAUGCUUGCAUUUCGAUUUCUGAUAUCUCGGCUGUCUUGAGUGUUUGUGACUAAAUUAUAAAGUUAUUCAAACAAAGCAGAGUGCUUUGAAGAUAAAGUAAAA